GCCUGAGACCGAGACGGAGGCGAGCGGGGGAGCGAGCGGGGGAGCGAGCGAGCGCGACAUGUCCCGGGCGGCCGUGGCCCUGGCGGCGGGCGGAGCCGGGCGCUGCUGAGGAGCCGAGCCCCUUGCGGCGGGAGGAGCCCGGCCGGGGCCGCCCGCGAUGCUGCUGGGCGCCGGGGCCGGGGCGGGGGCGGCGCUGCUGCCGCCGCUGCCUCUGCUGCUGCUGCCGCUGCUGCUGACGACGGCGCUGCCCCCGCUGCCCCUGCUGCCCCUGCUCCUGCUGGGCCUCGGCGGCGCCGUCCCCGAGGCGGCCGCGGCUGCGGGGCUCGGGUUGCCCGAGAGCGUCAUCUGGGCCAUCAACGCGGGCGGCGAGGCGCAUGUGGACGUGCACGGGAUCCACUUCCGCAAGGACCCUCUGGAGGGCCGGGUGGGCCGAGCCUCAGACUAUGGGAUGAAGCUGCCCAUCCUUCGUGCCAACCCUGAAGACCAGAUCCUCUAUCAGACGGAGCGCUAUAAUGAGGAGACCUUUGGCUAUGAGGUCCCCAUCAAAGAGGAGGGGGACUAUGUGCUGGUGUUGAAGUUUGCUGAGGUCUAUUUUGCACAAUCCCAACAGAAGAGGUGCCAAAGCUGCAGCCUCACCCAGGCCUGGAGAAGAAGGAGGAGGAGGAAGAGGAGGAAGAGUACGAAGAAGGUUCCAGCACCAAAAGGCAGUCUAAUAAGAACCGGGUCCAGUCGGGCCCCCGAACUCCCAACCCCUACGCCUCGGACAACAGCAGCCUCAUGUUUCCCAUCCUGGUGGCCUUCGGGGUCUUCAUCCCGACCCUCUUCUGCCUCUGUCGGCUGUGAGAACACAGGGCCGUUCUGAGGGUGGGGAGAAGGGAGGAGGAAUGAGACCAAACAUGGUUGGUUUGGGUUUCCUGUUUUUCACAAUUUAUUAACAAAAAAUUUUUUAAAGAGGCAGAAUGAGGAGAGAAUGGAUUUGCCCAGCCCAGCCCAGCCCAGGCCUCAUUUCACUCCCCUCGCUUUCUUCAUGGCUGCAUCCAGUGGCUGCCUUCCUCUCCAGGGUACUUGGGGUGAAAUUGGACCCUUCUCGUCUAAGGAGCUAGAGGCUGAUCCCUGGGGACUCUGAUCUGUGUCCCUUGGGAAAGGGCUUGGGCCCAGAGCACAAAUACUGUUUCCUUUUAAGAUGGAAUAUUAGGAGAACCAGGGAUAGGAAAUGGAUUACCUGAGAGAGACCAUGGUUGGGAAUGAACCAGGGUCUGAAAAGCCUUGUUCAGAAGGCCUGGGCUGAAGGAGGUUGGACAUAGAAUCCAGGGGGAGGGCAAGUCUUGGCCUAACUUUGUGUUUAAAAAGGAGGGAAGGCCUUGUUGGCUGGUCUCCAAAUGAAAGUUCUGUCUUAAAAUGUGUGAACCACAAGGUGGGCCUCCUUGACCAGUGAGGGAGCUGGUCUUGGUCUGGGAACCAGAGCAGCAGCUUUACCUCCUGUCCUGAAACUGCCUUUUGGCUUUUGUCACCAUGAAAUACAUUUUGCUUUUAGUGCCUGUUGGGGACUUGACUUUGCUUUCCCUUUUUUCCCCUUUAAGCUACUCACUUGAAAUUCCUUUCCCUCUCUGCCUCUUUUGAGGCCACGGGAGCCUGGGGACUUUUCUUCUGGUACUCGUUGGAAUGGCGCUUUUAAGGACUCAUGGUGGCCACAUAGGACUUAGCUUGCCUGCAAGCACAUCUGGACUUGGAAUUGAAGAUGGUUUGUGUUGUCCAGUAGAAUGAGAGCACUCAGGGUGAGACCUUGGCCCUGCUCCAAGACUCGCACUCGGGUCCAGCCAGGUCUCCCGGUGGUGGAAUCGUCCUCCUCCUCCUCCUAGGAGCAGUGGUCCCUUGGUCUCUGUGCGUGUUCUUCUCCCUAGAUUACGAGGCUGUUUGGCACUCACUACCUACCGCAGGGGUGUGUCGUGUGGUUCUGUACCCAAGGGCUAGCACUGUUCCACCAAUUACUUCCUGAUAAUUGACCUAGAAUUGCCCCCAAGAUACUUAACUGCUUUUGAUCUGACUCGGGCUUUUGCUGCAGAGUCACUGGGGCUUCUGAUGCAUUUGCUGGUUCUCCCCUCGGUCCUCAGUCUCAUCUGCCCCCUGCCCUGCCUGACAGCAAUAAUUUGGCCAUCCUAGGGGGCGGGGGCUGGAAGCCUUCCGAUGCACAGGAGUCCUGGAGGCCACCUAGUCCAUCUCUCUAUUCAGAUUUUACUUCCUCUGCAGUGUUCCCAUCUCUGGGAAUUAAAAUACCUUUGUUGGAUUUCCCUCACUAACAGUUGUCCUCACCUCAGUUAAGGUAGCCUGAGGCAGGGCUCAGCUGGGCUUGGGGAGGAUGGGGGAGGGACAUGGGAUCUGCUGGCACCUUAGAGCACCAGGCCCUGUCCCUCAGCAGUGUAGAAAUUCCAGCUUGGCUUCUGCAGGUUUUUUGUUCUCUUUUUAGAGCUAAGGAGCACAUUGAAGACUGAGUCCCCCUCGAGUGCCAGCCUUGUGCCUGAUGUGCAAUCAUCCCCUUGGCCUUCUGGAGCCAAUAUGGUGUCCCCAGCUGAUGUCACUCAGGCAGCAGAGCUGACAGUGGUCAGAGGCUCCAAUGGCCGGACACUCGUGGGCCUUCAUCUUUUAACAGAACCUUUGACUCUGGUCACUUGAAUUGCUCAUCCAAGUCCUCCAGGAGUGGACCAGAUCCCAACUGCCCUGUGCUAUCAGCUCCUCCCUCUGGGUCAGGGCCACCAACAACCUUGGGCUGUUUCUAACCGGCAGGGAGAAUGUGGAGAGGAGACCUAUAGACUUGCAUUUGGCCUCGUUUUGUUCUUUGAGCAGCAAGAUUUCCUUUUCUCCCCCCAAGAGAGGGAAACCUUGACUCUCUGCCCUUUUUGCGGUGACCAAGAGCUUUAGAUAGCAAUCCUGAGUCCUGCGACCAUUUUAUGAUGGUACCCCCAAGGAGCUUUCCUUCUGUCUUGGUUCCUAGGCUGGCCCUUUCUCCUUGAGCUGGGCAGGGGGGAAUUUUCCUUUAUAGCUGUGCUCAAAGGAAGGAACACCUUUCCAUGAUCUAACAAGUCUGAAGGGGAAGGAAGGGAACAGGAAACAAUGUGGGGGGGAUGAGGGGGGAGGAAUCCCCUUGGGCCUGACUAGUUCCACAGGCAGGAGUUCCCCCCUUUGCCCGCACCUGGCUAUAGCUGGGCCAGAAAGCUUUCUCCUUCUCCAAGGCCAGUGGCCUGCUAUACCCUAAUAGACAUAGGUACAUGACAUUUUUGCUUAGGGGAUGGGGGCUCUUUAUUAUUAUUUUUUAUUUUUGUAUUGUGUGAAUUAGAAAGUACACUAUUGUUGGGCUGGUGCCUCCUGCCAUUGGUUCCCACCUCACACUUUGAUCGAGUGCUGGAACUGAGUGAUGGCUCCCAGCUGUCCUGAGGCAGCAGUCCAGGAGAGGCCUGAGGCUGUCAUCUCCUGGGGCCGCGUUUUAUCCCUAAACUCCUCCCUUCUGCUCCUAAGGCGGGAGAGCCUCCAGCCAGGGUGCACAGCUGGGGUGCGGCUCCUCCCGCCCAGCGCUUCUGUUUGCCCUCUGCCCUGGCAUAGUUGCUUGGCAGAGCCAAGGCCAGUCACCUGGCUCUAGUGGGAUGGGUAGGGGUGGGGCAUGGAUCGAUGGCCCUGUCUGGGAGGGAGAACAGGAGGAAGAGAUAUCAGAUUCUGCUCUAGGCUUCAGGCAGGCUAAACUAAAGCCCCAUGUCAGAGGAAUAUAUAUAUAUAUAUAUAUAUAUAUAUAUAUAUAUAUAUGGCAAAUGUUUCCUUGAGCCAGUCAGGGCAGCUGCAUUUUAAAAAAAAUGUUUUCCCAUGGUCCUGAUGUCAGGAAGAAAGCUGCAUUGUGGGGGCCCUGAUUUGACAUUCUGGUGGCUUGAAAGACAAUUGUCUUUGCUUGUUUUUCCUUAAAUUGCUAUUGGCCAAUGUCAUUGGGAUUGGUGUUGAAUGUUCAUAAUUAGUAAAUACCCCUCAGUUUAAGAGUCUCCAGUCUUGUGCUCUUGUCUCCAUCACUUACCCAGGGGAUAGGGGUUUGUCUGAGGGGCUGCUAGGAGCUUGGCUUUGGUUUGGGGCCUGUGAGGCCAGAUCAAACCUGUCUUGCAUUACCUUAUGCUCCCCCCUUCUUCCUCUGGGCGACACCUGGGAGCUGUUGUUAGAUCUUUGAUUUUUUUUUUAAAUUUCAGUUUGAUAUUCGAUGUUUUUGGAGAAGCUUCUGUUUUAAGGAAUUUCUCCUUUCCUUCUUGCUUCAGUCCAUCACCUGGGAAGUCCUGGUGUCUCAAAAUCUCAGCCAAACUUCAGAAGCACUGGCAGUAUUUUCAGUUGCCCAGCUCUUAUAUAAAUUUUCCUCAAAAGCUACUCACCUUGAAGAGUCCAGGGAAGGAAUUCGCAGGUUUUUUGUCCUCCUUAGGGAAGAGGCAGAGUCAGUCCCUGGGGGACUGGGGAGGGUCCCAGUCAGCACAGUGCCUUUCUUAAUCUCUUUUCUCUCUAACUGUCUCUCUGACCUUUUGUUUUGUUUUGUUUUAUUUUUAAACCAGUUUUGAACCUUGGUAAUGCUCUCUCUAGAUUGAGGUCUGGGCCAGGGGCUAUCCCUUCCUGCAUGCCCCUACUGCACCCUAUUCCCCUGUAAUAAAAAGGUCUGUUUGAUGUGAGAAAGAUGUCCAGUUGAGUCGUGGUGCCUUGGUGCCUGGAUGUCAUAAGUAGCGAGGCUGCCAUCUUCAGCUUUCCUUUGCCAAGAUUCAGAGGGACUUAGGAAGGAGAACUUUCAAGUGUGAAAAAAAAAAUCCCAGUUCUUUGGUGAAGAUCCAGUGAUAGGAGUAGCCUCCCCCUUCCUGGAAAGCCAGCUGAAGGGGAGAUGUGGCCCUGUUGGCCUUUUGAGGCCACAUUGACCCUGCCUGGGAGCUGACUGGAAUGUGAAAAAUGGAAAUGUUUCCAUCCUCCUAUGGAAGGAUGUGAGUAAGGAUCAGGAGCCUCAGUAAAAGAGGAGUCAUUUGUCCUUCCUUGUCAGCCUUCUCUGGAACAGGAGGCUCAGACCAGGAGUUCUUCUUUGUCAUAGGCGGGCCACAGCAGGAAGCUUUUUUCAGUGGGGCAAGGGAUGUGGCUUUACCCCCUUCUGUGACUUGGCUACCUUCCCAUUGUCUCCUAGCUGCCCUUUAGCCAGGUUUAAUGGCCAAGCUGAGUUGCAGCUAGGGAACCAGAGGGCAGUUGAAUUGGCAGAAACACAGCAGGGAUGGAUUUUACACUUGGUGUUGGGACAAGCAAUUCUGGUCCUUGACUGGUGACAGGUGAUGGUCAGGGGGCUGUCCUUAGGGGUCCCUCUGCUCCCAAGCAUCUUGUGAGAAAGAUGCUUGCCAGCAUCCUUACACAGCUGUCACCCCUUGGACCCAUGAGUGGCUUCUCUCCUUUGGGGUUUCAAGUUCAAAUGCUUCCCUUCCAGGAAGGCCAAGCUGCUUAGUCAUUAGCAGGCUGGAGUGGGGAGACCAUACAUGUGAGUAGAGCAGCUUGUCUGGCAGGGGUCUGUGGUCCCAAGGCGAAAUCAAUGUUCAGGGAGCCUUGGGUCCUUCCUUCCUAACUCGCCCUUUUCCCUAGUGUGCUUAUGAUCUGGGGAAUGAAAAGAGAUUGGACCCUGGAUCCAUUUCUCCCUUUGUAGACUUCGGGGUUUUGGCACUCUUGCCUACUGUGAGCCAGCCAGGAGUGGCUUUUUCCCAGCUUGAGCUAAGGGCCGACUUCACCUGCAGUUCUUGGCCUGUUUAGGAAAUGGAGUGGUGGCUCUCUGGAACUGGCCUGGGCUGCCCCGUUCUGGGCACGUAAGUCCCCAAAGAAGUGUCAGGGUCUCAGCAACCCUUGUUAUUCCCUUUGGACCUCCAGCCCUAACCCCCCUCCCCCCAGCUGGGCCCCACUACAUCGGGGUUUGCAGCCCCAACACGGGCAGUGGUAGUGAGCAGCACAAUGGGAUGGGAUGGAGGGUUACAAACCCUAGUGGACUGGCUGGGGGGAAGGGUUCUUUUCCUUCUGAGUUGUUUCCAUCUGUCCUAACUUUCUUUCCUUCCCCUGCCCCCAAAUCAGGAUGUUUUUCACUGUCCAUUGCUUUGUGUUUUAAUAAACAAUUUGCAGUGAUAUUUUGUGUUGGGAUUGAAUUUGGGCCUGGCCAGGGAUUGGGGAGCCUCAAGGGCUAGCUAGCUGCUUUAGGUUGGCAAAUCAGGCUUUAGUUUUGGAGGCGCCUGAAGGUUUUGAAUGGGCUAGGGAUCUUCAUGUAGCGCUCUCUCUCUCUCUCUCUCUCUCUCUCUCUCUCUCUCUCUCUCUCUCUCUCUUUCUCUAAAAUUUUUAUUUCCAGGAUGUUUGGUUGAGGAAAUAUUCUGUAAUACCCUGCCUGGCAGUUUUAACCAGCAGCGUGUUCAAGAAAAAUAAACAAAAUUAUAUUGUCA